AUGGGUUCACAAUCCUCUGAAUUCGAGUCUCGACUGUAUAUCAAUAAUGAGUUCGUGCCAGCCAAAGGCACCGAACGCCUGACGCUCUACAAUCCAUGGGAUGAGUCGGUGGUCGCUUCGGACGUCCAAGUAGCCAACGCGGAAGAUGUCGAUAUUGCCGUAGCGGCGUCUCGAGCUGCGUUCAAAGGGCCAUGGAAGAAGUUCACCGGCAGUCAGCGCGGUUUGGCCAUGAACAAAUUCGCCGACCUGGUUGAGCAGAACAUCGACCGACUCGCUCGUAUAGAAUCCCUGCCCACGGGCAGGCCGUUCAGCAUGAUCAAGCAUUUUGACCUUCCUCAUUUGAUCUCGGUUUAUAGGUACUAUGCGGGUUGGGCGGACAAGAUCGCCGGAAAGACAUUCCCAACUGAGGAUGGAACGUACAAGAUCGUGCGAUAUGAGCCCAUUGGCGUGGCUGCCGGGAUAGCCUCGUGGAAUGCCACGUUUUUGUAUGUCGCAUGGAAGAUAGCCCCGGCUUUGGCUGCUGGUGCGACUUUCAUUUUCAAGGCGUCGGAAAAGUCACCCCUGGGCGCGCUCGCCAUCGCUCCCCUUUUUGCGGAAGCCGGGUUCCCGCCUGGUGUUGUGCAGUUCUUGACUGGAAGUCGCGAGGCAGGUGCUGCUUUGGCGAGCCACCCUGAUAUCGACAAGAUCAGCUUUACAGGCUCACCCCUGGGUGGCCGUGCUGUGCAAGCCGCUGCGAAUAAGUCAAACCUCAAGCGAGUGACCCUUGAACUUGGCGGCAAAUCCCCCGCCAUCGUGUUCAACGAUGCGCCUCUUGAGGCUGCUGUGGGUGGUGUUAGCCAGGGCUUCCUCGUCAACAGUGGACAGAUCUGCGUCGCUGCGUCUCGUGUCCUUGUGCAAGAAGAUAUUGCUGAGAAGUUCAAGGAAGCGGUCAUUGCCCAAUUCGAGGCGGUCGGGCAGGGUCUCGGUGCGAAUCCUCUAGAACCGACCACCACACAUGGACCUGUCGUUGACAAGGCCCAAUACGAGCGAAUCACCAACUACAUCGACAUCGGAAAGAGGGAUGCCCAGCUCGUGACCGGAGGCGGCAGGAAAGGCGACAAGGGGUAUGCCAUCCAGCCUACACUCUUUGUGAACCCGAAGGAAGGCAGCCGCAUCUGGACCGAGGAGAUUUUCGGCCCUGUGAUGGCCAUCAAAACGUUCAAAACCGAAGAAGAGGCCAUCGAGCUCGCCAACGACUCCGCCUAUGGUCUGGCCAGCAACAUAUACACCAGCUCCCUCUCCCGCGGCCUCCGCGUUGCCGAUGCGCUGGAGACUGGAGGGGUGAGUAUCAAUAGUCCAUACUUGCCGUAUAUCCAAGGUCCCUUCGGUGGCAAGAAGCAGUCUGGGAACGGGCGCGAGCUUGGUGAAGAAGGUCUCCACGCUUACCUCGAGCCCAAGAGCAUUAAUAUCAAGUAA